AUGCCCGGGCUGGGCUUCUGGCUCUGCUUGGUGGCGGCGGCCGCUGCUGCGGUGGGGCUUUGCAACGGCAACCGGAAUUGCCCGGACCUGGUGGCUGACAGCUGCCUCUGCGCCGCCGAGCGCUCCAAGGGCCCCGGCCGGCAAACGCUCCGCAUCAAAGUCGUCUGCAGCGGAGGCCACUUGGCGGAAACUUUGCCCCCCGCCUGGCUGCCCAACCGCACCGUCUCCUUAAUUCUGAGUAAUAACAAGAUCUUAUGGCUAAAGAGCAACUCUUUCAUUGGGCUGAGAUCCCUAGAGAGACUAGAUUUGAAGAAUAACUUAAUUAGUAACAUUGAACCAGGAGCCUUCUAUGGACUUUCAGAACUGAAACGUCUGGAUCUUUCCAAUAAUAGAAUUGGUUGUUUAACACCUGAAAUAUUUGUGGGUCUUAAAAACCUUCAUAAAUUGAAUUUAUCAGGGAACAUUUUUUCAAGUCUCACGAAUGGUCUUUUCUCUGAGCUUUCCGCUUUGAAGGCCUU